AUGAAAAAAUUAGGUGUGAAUAAUGUUGGAGAGAAUAACCGGAAUGGCGUAAAAAAUAAGGAUGGGACUAAUAAAAAGACAAUAGAAGUGAAUAAGAAUAUGAGGAGGCUGACAUUUUUAAAUAACGAGAGUAGUGAUAGUAUAGAGGGUAAUAAGAGUAAAUAUGAUAAGAAUAAAGUAAAAGAAAUUAAUGAUGUUUUUAAGAAUUGUAUGGUUGCAUUAUCUCAUAAUAAGAUAUGUACUCGUAAUGCUUUUGAUAUACAUAUUAUAGAACAUUUAGAAGAUUUAAUAAAUUUAAAUGAUGAAGAAAUACCUGAAGAAUUAAAUGAUGAAAUGAUAGAAAAUGGAGAGUUCAAUUUAUCAUUUACACGUGCAUCUAAAGCUAUUGAAGGUGCUACAAAAGUAUAUGGUUAUAGAGUUGAAGCUAUAUAUGAUCAGACAUAUAAUUUUUUAACGAACAUGAAUUUAGCUAAACAACUUGAAUUAGAUAAUGAUACAAUUGAUGAUAAUAAGAAUGGAAUUGAUCCUUUAAAUAAAAGAAUGAGAAAAAGAAAAUUAACAUAUUUACAAGAAUCUUCUACACUAGCUAAAUCUUCUGAUAUCAUUGUAGAUUCCUUGUCUUUGUCUAAUAUAUCUGUUGAUACUUUUUUUUUAAAAUUAAAUAGUACUUAUGACCAUUCAUGUGGUCAGAAAUAUUUAUUACCUAAUUUAAAUUUAAAUAAUGAUUUGUCUAUACAAUUUGAUGGUGAUAUUGAUGUGUGUGAAUAUAAGAAGAGAAGAAAAAAUUUGGAUGAUACUCGGAAGGAUAUUAAAGAAAAAGAAAAUAUAAUUGAUAAGGAUAUUAAUGAUUAUAAUUGUGAUACAUAUGAUAUGAUUACAUAUAAUAAUAAUGACUAUGACAAAAUUGGUGAGAAAAAAAAAAAUGAUGUAGAAAUUUUGAAAACUUCAAAUAAGGAAAAUGAAUCAAAUACUAGAAAUAUGGAUAGGUUUGAUAUGAAUGAACAUAAAGAAUUUUUUGAUAUAUAUAAGAAGAAAUUAUUUUUAAAUGCUGAUAUCUUAAAAGAAAUAUUAUAUGGUGGUCCUGAUGAUUUCAAUAGCUUAAAUAUAUGUCCAGAAUUAGAUUAUUUUAAAGAAGAAUUAAAAAAGCAUAAAUUGAAAAGAACUGAUUCUAAAGAUACGGAUGAAGUAGAUAAGGAAGAUGUUGAUGGUAAUUUAUAUAAUGAUGAUGAAAUUGAUAUUACAGAUAAGAAUAAUAUAAUAAAUUUUUAUGAUGAGAAUUUAGGAUGUAAUAUGAGUAAUAAUAUGCUAUUAGAAAGUAUAUAUAAAAGUGAUGCUUUGAAUGUGGAGAAAACAAAAAUGUAUGGACCGAAUGGUAGUGAUAUGGCAUAUGGUAAUUUGAAUGAAGAGAUAAAAAAUAAUAAUAUGAAUAAUAUGAAUAAUUUAAAUAUAUCUAAUUGUGAUAAUAAUGAUCUAUAUUUAGGUGAAUAUCGAAUGGAUGAUUUAAAUAUUGAAAAUAUUAUGCAAGAAUCUUUAGUGUUUGAUAAUAUGAAUUAUUCAUGUGAUAAGAAUAUAAAUUUUAAUAAUAAUAAUAAUGGUUUGUUACUUCAACAAAGUAGUCAUAUGAUGGAUGGAAUGGAUUUACCAGAAUUAAUAAACAGUGAAAAGAAAGAAUUAUAUUUAGGAAAUACACAAAUAAAUAAUGAGCAUUAUUUAUUAAAAAAUAAUGAUAUUAUAAAUAAAAGAGAUAGUAUUAUAUCAGAAGUACCAGAUGAUGAUACAUUAUGGAAUCGAAGUGUUAUGACAUUUGAAAAUAGAAUAAAUGCUAUAGAUAUAAAUAAUGAUUUUAAUUAUCAUUAUUAUAUACCUAGUAAAUUAAUGAUGAUGGGGAAUUUUAGAAAUUUAAUAGAUAUUAAUAAAAAUGUUACAAAUAAUAUUAAUAAUAAUAAGUCAACUAUAUUACAAAGUAUAAUAAUGCAGAAGAAAAUGAAGGAUGUUUUUGAUGUUACUAGUAUAGAUUUUGAGAAUCUUUAUAUUGAAAAUAAUAAUAUCGAAUUAUCUACAUAUGAUUUAUGGAAGAAAGAAAAAAAGAAAUAUGUUUCUAAUGCAUUAUUCUGUAUUGAUCAAACAUCCUAUAUUUUUGAUACACGUGAAAAUUGUGUUAACUGUGUAAAUACUGUAGCAGAUAAAAUUAUGAAGUUUUCAAAAUUUUGUGUUUAUCCGGAUUUCAUGCAUGCAUCUAAUAAGAAUAGAAAUAAACACAAUAAUAUCAUCAACAAUAAUAAUAAUAAUAAUAAUAAUAAUAAUAUGAAUGUUAUAUUGAACGAAGUAAAUGAUGAUAAUUUUCUAAAUGAUAUAGAUCCUAUAAAUCAAGAUGAUUUUAAUAAUAAUAUUGAUCAUUUUGAUAUGGAUAAUAUAGACGACAUGAAUGAUGGGCAUAUACAGCAAGGCUUAAAUGAGGCCAUAGAUAAAUUUUAUAAUAUGGAUUUUGAUAAUAUAUGGACUCACAAUGAUAAUGAAAAUAUUAGCAAUAUGAAUAACAAUAAUAAUUUAAAUAAUAGUACAUAUAAUAAUAAUAAUAAUAAUAAUUUGAGUUUGUUUAAAAAACAUAGUAAUUUCUUUAAUAAUACUUUAUUUCAAUUUCAUCAUUCAAAUACAUUCGGUAGUGUGCCCUUUGAAAAUAUUUCCAAAUUUGUUGAUGUAGCUAAGAUAAAAAAUAUUUUAUGUGAUAUAGUUAAGCCGAAUGAAGAAGAAGAAAAGGACAACAAAAAUGACUCCAUAUGUGAAUAUCAAACGGACAAGGAUAACCAAAUUGUUACUUAUACGGCUGAGAAAACGACGACCUUUGAAGAAAUCGUCAAGAAGACUACGGAAAAAUUGAAUGAAUCAGAGGCAAGUAGCACUUCAAUACACAUGCUAUUCGUAUGUCUUUUAUAUACAUGCAAUGACCAAGAACUAUUAUUAGAAAAAAUACCCAACCAAAAUAAUUUUUAUGUUCGAUAUGGUUUACCUGCAGAAUGUCAUGUAAAUCAAGAUGACGUACCAAUGUUAAAAAAUUGA